CUCAGCUGCGACACUACUAGCAACACCUCUCUAUUCUUAUGCCGCCAAAACGAAAAGCUGCCAAGGCUACCAAAAAGGUGUCCGAAGAAGUACAGGAUGCAGCACCAAUAGAGAAAAAGGCCCGCGUCGAGGAGGAUCCUCAGGAUGAAGCCGUUGCAAAUACAGUUGACGAUACACCAGCGGAACCAUCCGUAGACCAGUCCGAUUCCAAUGCAGAUCAACCGGCUUCUUCGGCCAUGGCUGCACGAUUUAAAAAGUUGCAAGAACUUAAGCGACGAAGGGCAACCGAAGUAGAGGAGGGUAAUCGCCGUGACAGAAACUUAGAAUUUCAACGCAGCAAAGAAAAUCCUCGACUUGAAAAGCGAUCUGAACGUAAAAGAGAGGAAGCACAGAAACUUUUGGAGAAGCAGGAAGCGCAAGAGCGAGGAGAAGAUUACGAACGAAAACAGUUUUGGAAGUACUCUGCGGAAAGUGUGGAUGCAUGGGGGAGAAAGACUGCCAAGAAGGCUAAGAAUGCUGAAACUGGCUUUGCCGAUUACACACAAGCUGCACACAAAAAGUAUAAAAAACUGAUAGCAGAACUCAAACCUGAUAUGGCGGCAUACUACGAGAAGAAAGCAGAGGCAUUUGAGAGAGCACUUCGAAAUGGGGAAGACUUGUCGGAAGAUAGCUUCUUCAACCGGGACGCAAAUAAUUUGGACUAUGCUACAAUCGACACGCAACCACAAAAGGAGGCUAUAGACCGACUUGUUGCAGACGUUGAUAAACAACAACGUAAACGUAUGACUAGAUCGCGUGAUCGUGAACAGAUUGCCGAUGAUAUCUCAUGGAUUAACGAGAAGAAUCGCAAGUUCAACCAAAAGAUUUCCAGGUUCUACGACAAAUACACAAAGGAAAUCCGAGAGAAUUUGGAAAGAGGUACAGCUUUAUAAACACCAUUCAGUUCAUACAACUCCUUACUACUUUAGCACCUGCCUUGUACUUCUUUUCUCCUUCCUCUGCCUUUGCAUUUUUACAUAAUACACACUGUGCCAUUUUUCACACCAAUCGGUGCCAUUCAGUAUGAAGAUUCCCAGGGC